AUGGGGACACUGAGACUGGGGACACUGGACGAGCCGCAGCUGGAGGUGCCGGCGCCGCUCGUCGCGGGCUCCGUGGCCGAGCUGCGCUGUCGCGUGCCGGACUCGUGCCCUCGGCAGCGGCCGCGCGUGCGCUGGGAGGGGACCCGAGAGCUGCCGGAAGUUGCCGAGAGCGAGCGGCGCGAGGACGAGGCCGGCGCCGCUUCCGUCGUGUCCCGGCUCCGCUUCCGGCCCCGGCGCGAGGACGGCGGGCGGCGCCUCGGCUGUCACGUGACCCUGCCCAACUCCACCCUGGAGUUCCGCGCCGGCGUCGAGCUCGACGUGCAGUACGAGCCGCAGGUGCUGGAGGUGUCGGGUCCCAGCGAGGCCCUCGAGGGCUCCCAGGUGGAUUUUGGGUGCUCGGCCGAGGGUCUCCCCCCCCCGCUGCUCACCUGGUUCCGGGGGCCGCAGGUGCUGCGGGAGGAGCCGGGCGUGGCCUCGCUGCCGCUGCACCUGGCCCAGGUGAGCCCCCAGGACAGCGGCACCUACACCUGCGUGGCCGAGAACCGACAUGGCCGCCACAACCGGAGCCUGGAGCUGCACGUGGCCUACGCGCCCCGCCCCCCGGUGUUGAACGGCACGCUGUGGGUGCUGGCAGGUGAGCAGGUGUCGCUCACCUGUGGCGCCCUCAGCCACCCCGCCCCCAUCGUGACGUUGGCCCGCGGGCGCCGCGUGGUGGCCACGGCCGUGUACGAGCCCCAGGUGAGGCUGGAGCUGCCCGCGGCCUCACCUGAGGACGCCGGGGAAUACCUGUGCACGGCCGAGAAGAAGGCGUCGGGAAGCCCCGCGGUGACCCCGGUGACCCCCCCGGGGGGGCGGGACCCGGAGCCACGCCCACUGCAGGCGCGCUGGCUGCGCGGCGCCGUCGGGCGCUGGGCCCUGGGGGUGGGGGAGGGGCCGGGAGCCCCCCCCGAGCCCGCCCCUCCCCCCAAACCCGCCCGGGGACCCCCCGAGGAGCCCCCGGAGUACGCCGAGAUCCGCGUGAAGUGA